AUGGAGGCGGAAGAUGCCAACGCCCAGCUUUGUGGCUUCGACUUUGUUGACGACGACGACGCCCAGAGUGUCUCUUGUCGUGAGAGUAUUGUCCGGGUUCGUCAUCAAAUGCCGUGCCGUUCAAAGAGACGAGACCAACGACCGUCACAGUUAGCAGCAAAGCUUGGACGUAGCUUGCUUUGCUCGUCAAUUCCAAAUGCCGCCCGUCGGGAUCGAAAAUACGCCGAUGCCGACACGCAAGACCUGGGCGUUGACAAGGCUUGA